AUGGGCCGUUUCUCUGCACUUACCAUUAUCGCUGGACUGUUGGGUGUAACGUCUGCUGCACCAACCAAGGUCGACCUCGCACCAAGAUGUGGGACUACCUACUAUCCAACAAUCCUGCAGCAACUCGUCGAGUCUGACCCGGACACUGUCUACCCCAACAAUGAUAACUUCCAUGUCCAAAGAAAAGUUGUCAACGGCGCCCUUAGUGACCGAGUCUACCAGUUCGUGGGCUUCGAAGGCAUCCCAGCAGGUUCGUAUGGGUGCCAACUUGCUAUCACAUUCCCGCAGUCAUACCCCGUCACCACUGAGCCCGCAGACUAUAACGUCCAGAUGAACGUCACCACGGCGCUCAACGGCUUGUCUAGCGAGGUCACAUACCCAAAUGCCUUCACCUGGAACAACUGGCCGGCUCUAGGCACAGGGCUCUUUGGCACAGUUACUGCGGCUGCUGGCUCCACGGCCGUCAUCAACUCCGAGGCAUGUCCACCAGGCGGCGGUAACUUGGCUUUCUUAUUCGAGGUGUCUCGGUGGGUGGAGAUAACUUCGAGUGUUGAUUUUACCCAGAGCAACAGUCCGCUGGCAGGUGUUUACCUGACAGCGAACUGCUAA